UCUGAAUAAUACUUGAAAUUUACAAACCAAGUAUUCCAACAUAAGUAUUCCAACAAACAACAAUAACAACGCCCACUGAUUUUUUCCAGACACAUCUCUGAGAACUCGCGCUGCUGAGACUCGACGAAAAUGUCAAACCAGGAUGGCAACACGCUGUCCAACUCAGACUUUCGCAAGCUGCUGAUGACGCCGCGCACCACGUCGGGUCUCACUUCACGAUCAAGCACUACUGCUGCUACUACUACUACUACUACUGCUAAAUCAGCGACGACGGGGGCAGCAGGAUCGAGCGAUGAUGGCCCUACGUCCAACCCGUUCAUGCCGCCAGCGCCAGUCAAGCCGGGAUCAACAGGUGGCCAGACACCCGCGCAGCCGGGACAAACUGGCCGCCACCAUCAAAACCCACAGCGGGCGGCGCAGCGGGCUGCGGCUGCUGCUGCCUCCGCGUCGAGCGAGCCAAAGUACCGCGAUCGCGCUGAGGAGCGCAGGAAGGGCAUCAACCCGGACUUUAAGGCGUCGGAGGCGCUGAUGAACAGCUACCAGGCACGGCUGGAGCAGCUCACAGAGUCUGUGCACAACGACGAGGAGCGGCGCAGGCUCGAGAUUGAGCAGAGCAAGUUUCUGGGUGGCGAUGCAAAGCACACGCAUCUCGUGCGAGGUCUCGAUUUCGCACUGCUCAAGAAGGAACAAGCAAGCAUCGAGCAAGCAAACAGUGGCGUGCUUCAUGCCGAAAAGCAAACAAGUGUGGCGGCUGUGGCAGGCGCUACGAGCACGAAAUUGGCACCAAAGCAACUGCAGCAACCGCUCCCAACGUCAUUCACCGCUACAGCGCCUUCGGCUGUCGCAGAUGGCGUGCAGCCAAUGGAGCUGAACGAGGGCAACAGCCUUCUCGGUCAGGACGACGACGACCACGACGACGACGACGACGACAAAGCACCGAAAUUUCAUUCAAAGCUCGCGCGCAACAUUCACGAAACCCUCUUUGGCAAUUCCCGACCCAUGUACAACGACCUGUUCCUGCCUGGCCGAAUGGCUUUUGUGUGUGACCUCACCUCGGACUAUCUGUCGGGUGAUGUCCCAACAAGUGCCAUCCGUUCGAAAGCAGACUUGUCCGCAUCAACGCUUCAGCUGAUGGAGCACAAGGUCGGUAACACUGAAAUCAUCAUCAACAAGCUGGUGCAAAUGAUGACCGUUCGUCGAGAAGAGCGUGCACUGCAAAAGACCACAACGGCGAGCAAAAAAGAAAAGGGCAGCAAAGCCCACCACUCAUCCGCUCCAGAGCCAGCUUUUCCAACGCCCGCGUUUCCCAUGCACACUGCCCUGCCAAAAGAAGGCGAUAAGGCACCUUCCAUCCAUGCUCCAGCCGUUUCUCCAUCCUUGUCGCGAGCCACGCCCGCAGCAACGGCGACGGCCACUCAAGAAACUGGUACCUCGGCCGACAACGCUGACGAUGACAUUUUUGCAGACGUCGGCGAAUACGUGCCCCGUGUCGCUGAGCCCCAUGGCAACGAAGCGACCGUCACCCCUAUGGAUGUUGACAAACGGCCUGCAAGCUACUUUAGUUCAACAACUUCUGCUGCAAUCACAACAACAACCAGCCAGCAGGCGUCUUCUAGCUCGGCGUCCAGUGGUCCCACCGUCAAUUCUGAACGUGCCAGCUUGCAAGUCGCAUUAGACGCUCUCAAGCCAGAGCUCCAACAAGCAGCGCAGUCCCAAAAGCAGUUUGCGGGAGAGCGCAAGCUCACCAUGUCUCUCACCUCCCAAAACGAAGACGAGUAUUAUCCUCGGCGGUUUCACCGUGUUAAAGAGCUGGAUGGAAGCAAAGACGCGCUGGACGGUGAUGAAGAAGAGUCCUCCUACGAUCGCGUCAUGAAAAAUAUGGCCAAUCCAACGCACACGCUGACUCGCUUUGACUUUGACAACGAGGAAGAAUGGCUUGCACACACGGGCGAAUCUAGUUCCAAGGCGCCAGAUAAAGCCGCCAUGGCCAAGGAACUGCGCCAAGCUCGAACCAAGAUGGGCAACGAUUUCCAGAAAGUCCAGGCCAUCAUGAAACGCAAGGCCGAGGAGAAGGCCGAAGGAGCUUCCAAGAAAAUGAAGGACUAGAAUGAGAUACCGCAAUAAAAGUAUGCCU